AUCCUCUCCCCUGCCCUUGGCUCCAUGAAUGGCCUCGGCGCUCCUCAGUGGUGCAAAGGCGACCAAAUAAGGCAAGGUGGCCGACCGGGCCCCCCACCCCUGCCCCCGGCAGCUCCAACUGACCCCGUCCAUCAGCGCGCUAUAAAGCCGCGCGCCCCGCGCGGGGCACCAGCGCCUGCCACCGCCCGAGCAGCCGAGCCGAGCCCGCCCCGCGGACGACCCCACUGAAGCUGCGCCAAGAUGUGCGACGAGGAGGAGACCACCGCCCUGGUGUGCGACAACGGCUCCGGGCUGGUGAAGGCCGGCUUCGCGGGCGACGAUGCGCCCCGCGCGGUCUUCCCUUCCAUCGUGGGCCGCCCGCGCCACCAGGGAGUCAUGGUGGGUAUGGGUCAGAAGGACUCCUACGUAGGUGAUGAGGCCCAGAGCAAGCGAGGCAUCCUGACUCUCAAGUACCCCAUUGAGCACGGCAUCAUCACCAACUGGGAUGACAUGGAGAAGAUCUGGCACCACACCUUCUACAAUGAGCUCCGGGUGGCCCCUGAGGAACACCCCACUCUGCUCACUGAGGCCCCACUGAACCCCAAGGCCAACCGUGAGAAGAUGACCCAGAUCAUGUUUGAGACCUUCAAUGUCCCCGCCAUGUAUGUGGCCAUCCAGGCGGUGCUGUCCCUGUACGCUUCUGGCCGUACCACAGGCAUUGUCCUGGACUCUGGGGAUGGCGUAACCCACAACGUCCCCAUCUAUGAGGGCUAUGCUUUGCCCCACGCCAUCAUGCGUCUGGAUCUAGCAGGUCGGGACCUCACUGACUACCUCAUGAAGAUCCUCACUGAGCGCGGCUACUCCUUUGUCACCACCGCUGAACGUGAAAUUGUUCGCGAUAUUAAAGAGAAGCUGUGCUACGUCGCUCUGGAUUUUGAGAAUGAGAUGGCUACGGCUGCUUCUUCCUCCUCCCUGGAGAAGAGCUAUGAACUGCCUGACGGCCAAGUCAUCACUAUUGGCAAUGAACGCUUCCGCUGCCCUGAGACGCUCUUCCAGCCCUCCUUCAUUGGUAUGGAAUCUGCUGGCAUCCAUGAAACAACUUACAACAGCAUCAUGAAAUGUGACAUUGAUAUUCGCAAGGACCUGUAUGCCAACAAUGUCUUAUCUGGAGGUACCACCAUGUACCCUGGUAUUGCUGAUCGCAUGCAAAAGGAAAUCACUGCCCUGGCUCCCAGCACCAUGAAGAUCAAGAUUAUCGCUCCUCCUGAGCGUAAGUACUCUGUCUGGAUUGGGGGCUCCAUCCUGGCCUCCCUAUCCACUUUCCAGCAGAUGUGGAUUAGCAAGCAAGAGUAUGAUGAGGCAGGACCGUCCAUUGUCCACCGCAAAUGCUUCUAAGGUGCCUUCUCUCUUAGUCUACCUUAUGUUCAGGACGACAGUAUGAUGCUUCUUGGAAUCUUCUGAACCACCCUCCCUCAUCUCUCAUCAAUCAUUGUACAGUUUGUUUACACACGUGCAAUUUAUUUGUGCUUCUAAUAUUUAUUGCUUUAUAAAUAAACCAGACCAGGACUUGCAACCUACAAAAGCAAA